GCACCCCCCUGAACUUCAGAUACCAUGCCGCGCUGUGCUCCAUUCGCAGAAUGUCCUGCAUCCUGCAUGUGGGCUUCCCCUCGAAGCUGCAUAUCCAAGCUGAGACGGCUGUGGUUACUCGCCGUUGGCGUCGGGCCCAUUGCAUUUGAGAGGUUACCCUGAUCGCCUCAAGCCUUGCUCUUCUGCGUCUCCGGGUCUUUGUAUAGCCUUUCGAUUCAUUCCCGGACUGUAUGAGAUCGGAUUCUGAACCAUUGCGCAGGCCUGGGCCUUCUCAAUGAGGGCUGAGAAAUGUCAUUGAAUGGACUUGAUGGAGCUGCAGUCGCCGAUGCACACCAGGCUGCUCAGGCGGACGCAGGAGGAUGGUUCUUACUGAAAUAUGUCAAUCGCGACACCAUCGAAUUGUUGAGCAAGGGAACAGGGGGCGUGCCGGCUGUGCGUGGAGUCAUCGAGCAAUAUGCAGAGAAAUCGCCGCUGUAUGGGUUGGUGCAGUAUCGGCGCAAGAAAGUCGUGCUCAAAUAUGUGCCAGAAGGAACAUCUCGACUGCUGCAAGUGCGGCUUACCGUGCAAUUUCAAUCGGUCCUGGAAACCUUCACUCCCCAUGACACCAUCUUCUCCUUCACAGCAGCCUCUGAGUUGACAGAAUCUGCCCUCGGCUUAUGUACCAUGCUAUUACCCUCCGCAUCGUCAUUGACCUCGUCAAGCUCUUCCCUGCGACGGCGCCGACUAAAUGAGAUUACUGAAGACGCUGAAGAUGCCGUGUCGCCAGCCGAGGCGGACAAGGACAAGGACAAGGAGAAAGAGAACGCUGGCCUGGCCCUCCGCCUCGCAACGCCAAAACUCGAGGAGGCGCCAACGGUGACAUCGACGGCGAGCUCUGCUUAUGUGAGGCAUGAACUGGAUGAACUGCCGGCAAGCGCAGUCCUUGCAAAGGCCCUGCUGGCAAAGAGGAAGGAAGAGGCUGCCGCCGCCGACGGCAACACCACGACCCUAUCUUUACCAGACAAGACUGUUCACCCUCCGCGAAAAGAGUCUCUACUCACAUCACCCAAACCACCGGUCUCACCGUUACCCUCUCCACUACCCUCGUCGGUUGUCGACAAGGAGCUCCCCGCGACUCCCGAACCAACGCCGCCUUCCACUAGCGAAGGCGAAGGUCCAAGAGCUCCGGAUUUCGAAGCCACUAGCAACAUCCUUCUCGAGACCACUACAGCAACAGCAGACGCCUCCAAUCCGGCUACCCCUCGUCCUCACGCUCGCCAUCUUUCCGCCGCCGAAUCGGACAGUAUCAGCCAGUGGAGUAGUAACGUCGCAUCGUAUACAACAGUCAAGCCAAAGAAGAAAAAACUCGGACCGAGACCUCACGUUGAGCCAAGUCAUCGUCCUAAGACGUCCGGAACAACAGACAGCGGCACAGGUAUACGGCCAGUGGCGAACCUUCCAACCUCUAUUCGUGUGAACAACAAGUCUCUAGUCAGCCUUGGGAUUCGACCCGGCUCUCAACAGUCAAGUCGAAGCGUCCCUGGCCGUUUUGUUCCCUCCAGCCAGUCUGUCAAUGGUGCGCCGCCUCUGCCGUCACCAUCAUACCUACACGCUCCAUAUAAUGCGGGAGACAGUCGCUCUGCAAUCCUCCGGCCAGCUUCCGUAACUGGAGAUGUCUCCACAACCACUCCAGAAAAGCUAAGAUUGAUGAAGGCCUUGCAAUUACGGAAAAGGAACAUGCUGCUGGCUCAAAGAGCAGCCUCGGCUACACCAUCAACCCCUUCAAAUACAUACAUUCACAAUGCGUCGGAGCCGAAUGCGAGCGUCAACGGUUCGAGUACUCGCCUAUCAUCAAUUCCAAGUCAGGAACAGCUGUCAAACGUCGACGAGGAGUCAAAGCUGACUCAGUCAUCUUAUACAACGUCGCCGACCAUCAUGACGAACAUCUCGGAAGAGCCUUCUACGAAAGCCUCUUCUAUCAGCGAACAGGAUGAUUGUUCCCGUACUCGCCGCUCAUUAUCCUCAGCCACAAGCUCGUCCCUCACGCCAAAAGCGGUCUCGCAGGAAGACAAAGCCGUCAUCAAACCUGACGGGACCUCGAUGGAUGUAGAAACAUCGGCCAGCGCCGGCCGGGCCACUCUAGACAAGGAGGCCAAACAGGAUUCCAGCUCUGAUGUAAAGGCAGCACUUGCUUACCUGGAAGCUGAACCAGUUAUCACAGGGGAUAGUCUCUUGGAGAGCAAACCUGAAUCAAAAUUGGAUGCUGAGCAACACUCCUCCAAUGCACUGCCGACACAAGAUGCAGCGUCGUCGAAGAAAUCCGGGCGCUUAGGACUUCCACAAGCCCUAAAACUCUUACCAGGUGGCAAUGCGUCUGCCUCGGAUCUCUCAGAAGAUGACUCUUUGAUGGACGAGAUACAGCACGCUACCGUCCAUGAGGCUAUGCCAGUCUCUGUGGCACGUUCGCCGGUAACUCCGAUAAUGUCCAAGGGGAGUUCUGAUCGUCUACGCGAGAUGGUCGCCAAACCACCGAACUCCAGCCAUUCUACUGGUCGACCGAAUCUUGUAACAACCCCCGAUGGAAACAGGCCCAGCAGUGGUAGCGUACGAAGCGUUUCAACAGCUCUUCCACAGUGGCCGCCAUUACCUACAGAGUCGGCCCAACUACCUCUUACCAAAAAGGCUACACUCGGAACAGGCAUCUCUAAACGCAUUAAAGCCUUGGAAGUACUGAGGACGAAAGAUGCAAGCCCUCCACGACAAUCCCAGCCAAUCCGAGAGACAAGUGCUGGAACCUCUGCCUUCUCCACGUUCAUGAAGCGCUCAUCAUUCCUCUUGAACCAACAACAGGCUCCCAAUGCCUCAACCGAAAACUCACCCCCAAGGCAAUUGCUUCCGACAGGCAACUCAUAUGAACCCCAUUCAUCUCUCGCAAUCAAAGAACCGCGACGUCCCUCGUCGGAUGCGCACAGGCUACAGAAAGGCGAGACCAUCUCUGUUACAGCAAGGAUUGUCCGUGAUUCCAGCAACAAACAUCCCCCUCUUGCCCCCAGCUCUAGCUACCAUACUCCCCUUAAUCUCUACCGAAGCCCUUUGAUUGUCGAACAUGAGAAGCCCGACCAGCCGACCUUGGACCAGUCAGCUUCGAGCCAACCCAGGGUUAAAAGCCCCACGAAGUCAGAAAGGGGCCGAUUUUCCUUUUCCUCCCAUCGAUCAGGGUCUCACACAAAUUUACCUCGGUCAGAGUCGAAUCACAGCAAAGUGUCCAAAUCAAGCCACUACAGACGCCAUGGGCCGCGAUCAGCCAGUGACGCCGCAUCGAUUUCCGAGGACAAACCAAAGUCUUCGAUGACAAGCAGGCUUAUGAAGCGGAUGUCGAAUCUGGCGAAUGCACGGAAUAGAAAUCAACCAGCGACGAAAGACGACGCCAAUCAGUCCCAAGUCAAUAUUACGCAAGAACAGCCCGAUCUAACGCGGGAGAAUUCUAUAGCAGAGUCAUUGAUGCACGUUGUCGACAUUGGAGAUGUCAACGUACAAUUUCCAGAGUCAUUUCUAUGGAAACGGCGCUUCAUGAGAAUCGACGAUCAAGGGUACUUGAUCUUUUCUCCACCGAUGACGGAUGCGAACAUGAAGAGCGUUAGUCGCAAAUACCACCUCAGUGACUUCAAGCGGCCUUGUCUACCGGAUCUUGAACGUGAAGAGAUGGCAUGGAGUAUACUCCUUGAUCUGGCGGAUGGGAGAUGUGUGCAGUGUGCAUGCGAGAGUAAACAGGCUCAGCAACAAGUACUACAGAUGCUCGUUGACGCUCACAGUGCAUAUCAUCAGUUAUAUGGAGCUGGAUGAUGAGAAAUAGAGGGAUCCAGUCCACGAUGGCGAAUGGCAAUCACGACCACCGAUCAAUUGUUUUGCAUAGUUGUUGAUGUUUGAACGGCAAGCAACAAGCGAAGGCGAGGGACGGCGUUGGGAUGCUGUUGGAGAACCAGUUUCUCGCAUGCUCUUGAAUUUCCAGUCCCGCAUUUUUACGAGAGAGCACAAUCUACGUACAUACCCGCCUAAAUUAAUGUCUGUACCAGGAGAGAUGAGGCCUCUCGAACGAGCCUUGGAUGUUGAAGGUUGACACGGCUAUUGUCACCAACUUGUAGUGGUUGUAGAAACACCAUGGCACGAGACGCUGUUCUCAAAGACAUUUACAAUACUUGGUAAUCACACAUUUG